AUGGAUCCUUCCAACCCUUCCCACAUUGCAAAAAUGUUCAUGGAUUAUAUGAAUGAUGGUAUGGAUGAAGAACUUGUGAGACUUUACUUUAAAAGUGAAGCUCAAAAAGAAGGUGCAAGUUCUAGCAGACCUAGACGCCGAAGAAGAAAUAUAGAGAGGAACCGUGAAGAAGGACAUGAGCAUUUAUUCAAUGAUUAUUUUUCAAAAGCACCAGUGUACACAGAUGAGCAAUUUCGUCGAAGAUAUCGAAUGCAUAAACAUGUAUUCCUUCGUAUCGUUGAAGCUCUUGGUGAACAUGAUGAGUAUUUUUGGCUCUUGCCCAACAUCAAGAAGGUGCAAGAAAGGAUAUUGAACGAGCAUUUGGAGUUCUCCAAUCCCGAUUUGCAAUCAUACGUAACCCAGCUCGACCUUGGCACUUGGAUGCACUGA